UAAUUACCGAGUUUCGGGUGUGCGUGUCAACUGUGACCUGUGACUGAAUUUAAUUGCAUGUAACUGUGGGUGGGGGGAGGAGGAGAAAAAGGGGAUUGGAGGAGUUAAUCUAGUGAUUUAUACGUAUGCGUGGAGAAACAGUAUGAAUGUAGACGAGUUUGAUACAAUGUGUUCAUGUAAUGGUUGAUGUUUUACAUGUGUCGUAAAUGGUGUACAGUGAUAUUGUUGGUGUUUGGGUGGUGGCAAUUUUAGCCGUACACCGUAAAUAUAAUCGAGAAUGUCGGGCCACAAAAUUAGAGUAACGGGUAAGAUAAUGGCAACCUUAUUCGUUCUCAUCGCAGCAGCAACAUCGUCCACGAGGGGCCAUCGUCCUGCCCCAAAUAAUCCAGCACAACUGGUACCCAGUACGGCCUCACCCUCGUCAUUGUACAUGAAUGGUGGUAAUCUGACUCAUCAUCACAAUGUUCAUCAGAAUAAAGCACCAUGGGAUGGUUUCAAUAGUACAAUCCAUCAUUUAAAUGCACACGUCAAGGGACAUAAUAGAACUGAUAAUGAAACUGAGGAGAAAGUGCCACUUUUUCCAACUGAUUUGUUCACUAUUGAGGAGAGACAGCGUGGUGCUGUUAUACUACAUCUAUUAGGGGUUAUAUACAUGUUUGUUGCCCUUGCCAUCGUCUGUGAUGAAUUUUUUGUCCCAUCAUUGGAUGUUAUUAUUGAAAAAUUGGAAAUAGCUGAUGAUGUUGCUGGUGCUACAUUCAUGGCUGCUGGGGGUUCAGCACCAGAAUUAUUUACAUCGGUUAUUGGUGUGUUUGUGUCAUUCGAUGAUGUUGGCAUUGGUACCAUUGUUGGUUCAGCUGUAUUUAAUAUUCUGUUUGUAAUUGGUAUGUGUGCAAUAUUCUCAAAAACAGUAUUGUCACUCACAUGGUGGCCAUUGUUUCGUGAUUGCACAUUCUACAGCGCCAGUUUACUAACGUUAAUAUACUUCUUUCGGGAUAACUUUAUACAUUGGUACGAGGCACUUGUAUUAUUCUGCUUCUAUCUGGCCUAUGUUAGUUUCAUGAAAUGGAAUCAACCGAUGGAGAAACUCGUCAAGAGGAUAUUGUACAGAAAUAAAGUAACCAGGGUUAGAUCGACGGAUCAGCUCAUGCCAUCGCACCAGAGCGCUGCCCAGGCAUUGCAUCCCAAUGCAACAAACAGCAGUGAGACAAGUGUGGGCGGUGCGUCAGGUGCGUGCGGUAACAGCGGCGUUGCGAUAAACGCCGACGCCGGUUGCAGCAGUCGAGGUGGUAGUAGCAGUGGGCAAGGAUGCGAACAAAUGUCACACCCUGGCCAGCAUCAUUCAUCGAGGGAGAGUCAUGCUAAAUUUAGGCACGGCCUAUUACAACUGAUGAUCCACACGAUUGAUCCGCUCCACGACGGUCAGUCCCAUGCCGGUAAAGUGGAUGAGAAGGCGACGCAAUUACACGCGAUAGCGUCGUUGAAAGUGCUGCUGGAUGCUACGAGGCCUCAGAAUGGUGCAGCAACGUCAACAUCGGCGCAUUACUCAGGCAGUGCCUCCAAGGAAACAGCUUUACAAUUACAGCAGGGAUCUCAAGGUACUACGACCACAACCACUACGACGACAACAGCUGGGACCACUGUUGGAAUUCAGGAACUUCAAAAUGGCGGCAUUGCGUCGGGACUCGAUGCCGGACUUGAAUCGGGUGAAGAAGACGAUCCACCAGAGGCGCUGGACAUGGCUUGGCCUAACACUGGAAAAAAGCGUCUCACCUACAUUCUAGUUGCACCAAUACUAUUCCCCCUGUGGCUCACUCUGCCAGACACACGAACCCCGAGAGGCAAAAAGUUCUUCGCUGUUACAUUCAUCGGCUCCAUCUUGUGGAUAGCGGCGUACUCGUACCUGAUGGUCUGGUGGGCAAAUGUUGCUGGUGAUACGAUACGAAUACCACCCGAAGUAAUGGGUCUAACAUUUCUCGCCGCUGGGACUAGUAUUCCCGAUCUAAUAACCAGUGUCAUUGUUGCACGUAAGGGUUUUGGUGAUAUGGCAGUAUCAAGCUCCGUCGGCAGCAAUAUAUUCGACGUUACUGUUGGGCUUCCGGUUCCGUGGCUACUAUACGGUUUGAUCUACGGCAAGCCAGUCGAGGUGAACUCGGUCGGAAUGGUCUGCAGCAUCGCCAUCCUCUUCUGCAUGCUCCUCUUCGUUAUCAUGAGUAUCGCAUUCUUCAAAUGGCGAAUGAACAGAGGCCUCGGAUUCACCAUGUUCCUUCUCUAUUUCGUAUUCGUCGCCGUAUCGCUCAUGUUCGAGUACGAAAUACUCGUUUGUCCCGUUUAGAAUACUAUUAUUGAUGCUGAGGAGCCCAGUCAAGACCCAAAUUUCUCCGACCAGAUACCACUCAACGAAAAAUCUCAAAAAUCCAUCAUCAAAACCCCCAGAAAGGCAAACACCGAUGACCCCCUCCCCUCAUCGUCACUCAAAGCCACAAAAGUAUAAUCAACAAAGCGUUGUUCUAGUGGAGAUUAUGUAAAUAUGUAUAAAACCUUUCAAGAAAAAUAAGAAAAAACCAUCACUCGUGCUUUUGAUAUAGUCAAGAUACUGUCGAUCUGUACGAGAACGUCGUCAACUCGUUGAAAUAUAUAUAUAAACAUUUUUAAGCUAUAUAAACCAUGAGAAUAAUAACUUCUAUUUACAUGUUAUCUGCACUCGGUAAAAAUUAUUCCCUCGCUGAAUUUCAUCAAAUGGAUACAUUGAGACCUUUUAAAUGGGUCACCAGUGAGUUGUCCACUAGUUUAUCAUGGCAAAAGAAUAAUACAUGAAGCAAAUAGAAAAAAUACGCAUAAAUGAAAUAAAAACAUUCUGUGUCACCUCACGAUGCAAAAACUUCAGCAGAAUGUGGUGGAGCACUCGAGUGUCAUGGAAGUUGAUAUGUCACGUUUUACGUUUUUACGAUUGUAGAACAUGAUUAUAGAAUAUUAUAGCUGAUAAGGUAAAACAUUUUUCGCAAUUUUGUAUAACAAAAAUAAUACUUACAAAAAAAAAAACAUGUGUAAACCAGUGAAUUAAAGAAAACCGUUGCGUGUAGUUAAUAUUUGGACGAUGUUGUAGAGUUAGACUGGAGCGAUUGAAAUGUGACUAUUUGAAUUCUGCCUCGAGUGUUCAACUUUUGAUCGAAGUUUGAUUUGUUGUUAAUGUUGACAUUGAAUAGUUGAUUGAGACAUUGGGGGGAGCCUAAUUGUGGCCUACAGUAUCCCAAAAAAAAAUGAAAUAUAUUAUAUCAUAGUUAACAUCUCUUCAUAUAGUUUAUAAUAAAAAAUAGCAAUUGUUCACGAUUUUAAAUACUAUAAUGUUACAUAAUUAACUCAACAUUCAUCUGUAUUUUAACCUGGCGUUCUCCCAGAUCGAUUGUUUGAAUAUAGAUUGAACGAAUCGCAUUGUUUUUUUACGAAUAAAAACGAAAAUAUAGUUAUGAAUUUUUAAAGACCCAAAGGAGAUGAGUAAGUCCACCUUCAUAUUAUCUAUUAUGAAUCCAAAAUAGAACGAUAAAUUAGUUUUUACAUAAAACAGUGAAGAAUUGCGGGGCUUCGGCGUUUGCUACAAAUACAUGAAAUGAAUGAACAGUAGAAUCACCUGGAGAACCUGAUCAACGAGAUAAAUAGAAUCUGGCGUUCCUCGGUGUCAUAGUUACCUAGGUGUAUAUAUAUAUAUAUAUAGGUGUAUAUAUAUAUAUAUACAUAAAAUAUGAAUUAACAUGUUAAAAAAUAUUAGUGAAUUAUGCACAAUACGAUCUUCCCGAAGUAUAUCGAUCCGCAAGAGAAAUAAGUAAGAGUGGCAACGCUCUGAGAAAAUGCUGCGAAAAGGAAAAAGAAAAAACUAAAAAAUAUGAAUAAAUAAAACAAAAUAUCAUAGAGCUUAGUCACUAGAAGUGAAACAAAAAAAAUGAAAUUGAAGGAUAAAGAGUGAGAUAAACGAUGAAUAAUAGGUAAAUAUGUAUUAUGCAAUAGAUAUUUAUUUACACAAUGCAUCUAAAACGAUAUAAAGCCAGCCGACGUAACUGCAGCUCGGGCUCCGUGUCUCUCGUUGCGUGACCUUUAGCCAUCCCUCCACCCGCCCCUUCUAGUCACAUUUGAUGAAUUACACGUCUCUCUCAAAUAUUAUUCCCAUUUUCCCUCGGAUCAUAAUGAAUCGCGGAUCAGAACGAUCGAAGCAAUAAUAAAAAUACGAGAUUUAUCACGAAAAUAGAACAAUACGAAGACACGAGAUGCGAGCAUCACUGAUGUGGGCCGUUGGUUAUUUGUACUCAAGUAUUUUAUCAUUGAAUAUUGAAUGAAGCAGGUGGUGAUAAUAACGCGAGAGGAUUUUAAACGGAUUUUUUCAGAUGACAAUUUUUUCUGAAUUUUGUUGAUAAAAAAAAUUGUAUGCACUCAAGACAAAUAUUAAUGGUCCAUUGUUCGAUUGAAGACAUGUGGAAAAAUCUGGAGUUGAAGGGGAAAUUCAGCCAAAAAUUAUUCAUCAUUAACUGAGAAUGAUAUCACGACGAAAUGAUGAAAAAAUGAUGAUUUCCUAUAAAUGACAAGGCAUGAACGCACAUAUCAGAGAAAGAGACGUUUAAAUUUAGAUAUCAUUAGUCGAUGAGUGAAAACGAUCUUAGAAUAGAAGUUCACUCGUAAGGUUUAAAAUAGUUGAUUAAAUGAUGAUGAAUUAAAUAAAGAGCGUUGAAGUUUCCAAGAUUACGAAAUAAUUAAUGUUAAGAUUAUAUUAAAUUAAAAAACAAGUGAUGUGAGGAGUGCGACGAUACACAACGUGACGGGGUGGGUCGCUAUCUAAAUAUAGAUGAAAAUACCAAUUAUCAUUAAUCGAUAGUUAGGAUGAUUAUGUAUAAUAUACGAUUUCUUCGCGGGAUUAUUCGGAGAAAGACGAUUUACUGAUUAUUAAAGUUACCAUAAAUUGGUUGAGUUUGUUUUUAAACCAUUGUAUUUGCAUUUACAUGUAGGGUUUUGCCCCCCGUCCACCGCCGUUAUUGAUGAUUCAGAAUGAGGAUAUUUGAAUGAACAAAUUCUAGGUGAAGCACUUAAUUUAACGAAAUCAAGUUGAAUAUGUGAAAUAAAGUAGACAUUAUAUGAAAACAGGUUACAUAGUCUACGAAUGUUACUGCAGGUCCAGUUGUGUUUGAUUAUUCUAUUAUUAGUGAAAGAACCAACGAAGAAACAUAAGUAACGAGUUACAACUUUAUUGAGUCCUUUUAUUUAUUGAUUAUUUUGAAAUUGCACUGAGAAGAUAGAAGUUUUUUGAGAAGUACACC